AUGUAGGGGCAGUGGGGAACUGAUGUUGUGGUGAGCAGAGUUCAUGAUUGGCUAGUGCUGCACAUCUUUGCCCUUCUCGUACGCGCGUAGCAUGCUGUAUGAAAUGGAGAUGGUCUUAGCCGAGGCGGCACAGAGAGACACAAACCGAUGCACAUACUGUACGGAUUCGCGAUUUCAAAUCAUUCAGCUCAUGCGCUGUUGUCAUCCGCCCACUGACGCCCAGGAGCUGCAGGGCUGACUGCACAGAGGAUCACUGAAAGACAAGACAAUCUACAGAUUGGAGGAAAGAAAAUCACCAGUGUCGUUUGUUUUCUGUUUAUCUGUCAGGAAGUUUAUCUCCGUUUUAUUGUGAGGAACGACUGUCAGUUACAUUCAGAGCGAAUCACAGGUCGAGCCGAUCAAGAUAUUGAGAAAAGGUGGUAAUAACGACAGAAAACAAACGCUCAGUUUAAUCAGUUUAACCGUCUAUCGCGCGUGGAGAACUGUGUCAUGCACGCGGACGGCCAGAAGCGGUCGCGUGAUUGAACGGUUAGUUCGGUCUGGUUCAGCUGAACAGGUGCUUUCUUUCUCCGCUCCGCUCUCACGAUGCUCGGCCAGUCUCCUCAUCUUAUCGGGGGCAUCCUGUGGAUUCAAAACCCCAUGCGAGCUGUCCACUGCAACCUGAGUCAGAAUGGGAUCGAUCACCAGGUGUGCACAGAGGAUGUGACUUCAAACCUGGAGGAAGAGCCUAUUGACCACGGCCCAGGACUGGAUGACGACAGCCCAGGGUUUCACGACCAGAGUCCGGGCUUCCAGCGCCGAUCCCCACCUCAGCGCUCAGUCUCCGAGUCAGAGCUGUCCAGGCCAGGGACGGUGAAGCUGUCCAAACCGGUGGCUCUGUGGACCCAACAGGACGUGUGUAAGUGGCUGAAGAAGCACUGCCCCAACCAGCACCAAGUCUACAGCGACUCCUUCAAACAGCACGAUAUCACAGGCCGAGCUCUGAUGAGGCUGACGGACAGAAAGCUUGAGAGAAUGGGGAUCAUGCAGGAGAGUCAGAGACAGUACAUCCUUCAACAGGUCCUGCAGCUUCGUGUCAGAGAGGAGGUCCGCACCCUGCAGCUCCUCACACAAGCCUCUCUGGAGAGUUCUCCAUAACGUGAGCAUUCCUGGAGACCCACCAGCCACACCACAUGACCCUGUGACCGUCUUCUCAAAUGUCAGCAGCACACGUACCAGCCUCCCAGACCACAUCAGGAUCUCCUGAACCAUUCUCUUCAGCUCCUCUACCAGACCUGAUCUACAAUUGUGUCACCUCCUCUUCUCUCCUUUUGUCUCCCCUCCACUCCCCCCCCCAAGACCAGCCCCUCAAGGCUUCUCUUCUGCGUUCUUCUUCCUCUACCGAGAAGAACUUCUAGGAUGUGGACCACGGAUCUUCUACUUUUCUGAACUGGACAUUUUGAGACUAACUGCCAGAGUAGCCCCACUCACUGUAUGUAAUCUCAUCAAAUGUAGCACUUUAACCUUCCUCUUCCUGACAGUAACCUGUAUAGAACCUGUUAGUUACGCUGUGCAGACUAGCAUGAUAUUCUGCCACACACUAGACCUCCUAAUCCUUGUAGUAGGGGUACUGG